GAUUUCAAAUUUCAAAUUCUGUAUUGUCAUCCCUCUCUCUCUCUCCCUCUCUUUCUUCCUCGCUCCACCAGCAAACCGUCCUCGUUUACUUAGCCCUCGUCCUUUUUUUGUCUUGAUCUCCUACAAGCACAUACACGCCUCUCUGCUUCUCUCUCUCUCUCUCUUCCCCCCAAAAGCUUUCUCUGCUCGAUCCUCAACGCUUUGACUCCCAAUUCGACAGGAACCCAAUCCAUUUCCAAGCAAUGGGUGCUUCAGGGAAAUGGCUCAAAUCGCUGAUUCCUCUCAAAAAGAUCCCUUCUUCCGCCGCCGACCUCGAGAAGCGAGGAGGAGAUGGGAAGGGAGGAGGGAAGAAGAAAUGGAAGCUGUGGAGAAGCUCAUCCGAAGGGUUUAAUCAUCCCUCGUCAUCUGCUUCCUCUGCUUGCUCUUCUUCUUCUCCGUCCGUCGAGGGUUUCAAAAGGGUGGUUCAAUCCGAUGAGUACAACAACUUUACUUCCUUCUCAAACGACGACUCUUUCACCGUCGCCAUGGCCACCGUUGCCAGAGCUCCGGCCAAGGACUUCAUUGCGGUCAAGAAAGAAUGGGCUGCCAUCCGAAUCCAAACCGCCUUCAGAGGCUUGCUGGCAAGGAGGGCAUUGAGGGCUUUAAGAGCAGUGGUUAGAAUUCAAGCCAUAUUCCGCGGCAGGCAGGUUCGAAAGCAAGCUGCAGUGACACUAAGGUGUAUGCAAGCUCUAGUUCGAGUUCAGGCUCGAGUUAGGGCAACAACUGUGGGAAUGUCAGAAGGGCAAGCUGUCCAGCAGAUGCUGGAUGCUUAUAGAAACCAUGCUGAUCCCACUAAGCAAGCUGAGAAAGGUUGGUGUAACAGUCCUGGAACAGUUGAUCAAGUCAGAACAAAGUUGCAAAUGAGGCUAGAAGGAGCUCUCAAGAGAGAAAGAGCUAUUGCAUAUGCCCUAUCCCAACAGUUGCAGGCAGUGAAAACAUGUCCAAGCCCGGGUAGGAAGACCGGCAGCAAUUCUAAGCAGCAGCCAAUCGUCCCCCCCAAGCAUCAUCAAAAGGGGGAUGAAUACAACCCACUCGGAUGGACCUGGCUCGACCGUUGGAUGGCAGCAAAGCCAUGGGAGGGCAGGUUGAUGGAGGAAAGCAGCAGCCACAGCCAUGCAAGAGCUGAUUCACUAGAGGUCUCUCCUACGCAACCACCACAACCACAACAACCUCUCUUGUCAAGAAAAAGUGCUGACAACAUGUACACAUCAUCAACUUGCUCCUCAAAGCUCAAGCACCAUGAGCCUCCUCCUUCCUCGUCGGUAAAGGUGAGGAAGAACAAUAUGAGCACUCGAGUCUCAGCCAAACCAACACCUCCCAUGGUGGUUCAUCAUCAUAAUCAUGGUACUAAUGGCUCAUCUUCAACCCUGAGUUCUGAGACACUCUACGAGGAAACCAGCUUCCUGUCAACAAAUUCAUCUACAUCUGUUGAUCAAGAACAGCAGAGUUGUAGCGAGAAGCAGCAGCAGCAGCAGCAGCCGCCGAGCUACAUGAGCCUCACGGAAUCAACCAAGGCGAAACAACUGAAGGCGGCUACUUGGAGUAGGCAUUGUAGCAAUGCUGCUCUUCAGAGGAACCAGUUGAUCGAGGAGGAGGAAGAGGAUGAUGAUGAGUUAUACUGCAUGAGAUCAAUGCCACUGUCCAGAGAUCUUUACCCUCCCAUUCCACAGGGCAAGAAGACAUUAGUAUGAGAUUCGAUUCUGUUCAAAGUCAAGGAAUUAAGGAUGAAGAAGCUGCUUGUUGGUCUGCACUCUGCUGCAUGCUAAGUCAAAAGUAGAAUGAGUUCAACUUCUUGUUGCGCAUGGAAAGGAAACGCUUGUGUUUGAGUAAUGUUGAUUCUGAAAUGGCUGAAAAAAGUGUGAAAAAAAAUCAUUAAAUCACAUGUGGGAUGGGACAAUUAUCUAAUUUGGUUCUGUAUUGUAAUGAUGUUUUGUGUCUAGUAAUGUUAUUAGUGAGCUAGUAUAAUUGUUGCCUACUUCCGUGUGACUAAUUCUUGAUUAAGCACUAAGCAAGCAUUCAGCACCACAAUCUUUAAAUAUUUGUCACUACUCACUACAUGGGCCGGAUCAGGGCUAGAUGGUUAGAUAUCCUAAUCUAUGUAAUGGGCAUCGUAGGGAAGCCUCUUGGAGAAUAGAUGGAUAAAAAGCCC